AUGCCUCCCACCACCAAACCCGAUCUCACCGACCCCCUCACCGCCCUCAGAUUCAUGCGCAUGGCCGAGGAUCCUGACAUCGAAGAAGAGUUCUCCUCCCUCUCCAUCGCCGAGCUCGAAGCCUAUGCAGACCUCAUAGUCGCGCGGCUCGACCCCAACAACCCGGCCUCCUCGUUCUGGAAACAAAACGCCACAAACCCCGAGUUCCGCGCAGCGGAGCUACAGAACUUCGCCGAUAGAGACGGCAAGGUGAUUGUGGACACGGUGCCGCCGGCGUACUGGGGCGAGUACGACGGGCAACACUUCAUGCAAGAUACGCCGGGUGGGAAGUCCAAGAUUGUGAGGCGGAAGCGCUAUGUUGAGACGAAGCGGGAUGACGCAGUUGUGCCAGAGGGCUGGAAGCCAACAGUCUACCACCUGAAAGGCAGCGGUGUCCCGGAUCAGUGCGAGAAGUGCGGGACUACGGGAGAGCUGUGGGUUUGUACCGGGUGCAACGUCUACAAGUACUGUUCGAGGAUGUGUCAGCGGCAAGAUUGGCCAGAUCAUAGGGAGCCAUGCCAUACGGUCAGGAAGGCGGUUGAGGGAUGGAAUGCGAAGGAGCAGGAAGAGGAUGCUAAGCUAAAGGUCAAGGAAGGGGAGGUCAAGAAAGGGGAAGAGCCUGAGGUUGCUAAGACAAGAGCGGAGAGGCGGGCCGAGAGGAAGGCUGGAAAGAAGGCUGAGAAGAAGGCUGCCAAGAUGGAUAGGAGCAUUCAGAAGAGCAACGGUCUAGAGGAUACCACGCAGAGGCUGAAGGUAUCAAAAGGAGAGCGCCCUUGA